GCAGAGAGUGCACUGCUCAUCCUUUCAGUUUUGUCAGUGUAUGGGAAUGCUGGACAUCAGCACACAGCGAGGGAUUUGGCCGAAAGCACUCCUCCUCGGCAUCUGAACCCUGCUGCUUUCACCCUCGGUUGGAAGAUACAGAUGUCAGAAGCCAAGACAGACAAGGCAAAAAUCAAACCAGCAGAAAGUUUUGAACAUGACAAGCAAAAUAUUUCUUGGCUGAAGAAAGAACUGGACAGCCCCAUUCUACAACCCCUUGGAGGCUCAGACAGCUGUACCAGCUCCCUGCCUCUCCCGGUGCUCCCCGGGGCAACUCUGAGCAGUGAGGACCAUCCAGAUAAUCAGCUUACAAAUGAAAAACAUACAGAUGAAAAGCCUAUGAAAGGCAUUGUUGUGAGUUCAGUUGCAGAUUUCAGCAUCACAGGCACUUCAUCAAAGGGCACCAAAAAUGAGAAGAAAUUGUCAAACACAAGCACAUCAUCCAUUGCUUCCCUGGAGAAAUGCAGAGAAUUCACUUACAUUGAAGAUGACGCAUCAGUACAUCAGAGAGACAGUGAUGAUGAGUGCGCAACACUUAUCCUGGCCUGCUUGUUCUGCCAGUUUUGGGACUUUCUUAUAAUGCUGCCUGAUACCUGUGAACAUUGGCUGACAGAUACCUGUUGUCCAUCCAAUAGAUACUACCAGACCUCCGAUGAAGACCAUGCCAACAACGAUUGCAACUGUGACUGUGACAUUGAUUGCAGCCUUUUUGAGUCCUGCCAUGAGACUGGUGAAUGCCUGGAACUUGCCAUGGAGAUUUCUGAAGUCUGUUAUCGCUAAUAGGAAAAUAAGUGAUAAAAUUCCACAAAACUGCCUGAAAGUGAACUAACAGAGUACAAAGGAGAACUCCUUUUUUAGAAAAGAAAAAGAAAAAAAAGACAAAGACAAAGAAAAAAAGAUAACUGCUAAUAACAAGAGUGUUUGCCAGCCAGGACUGUGUGCAUCAUAUUUCUCCCCACUCUGGAGGUCUGUACAUCUGUACCAUUCUGUUGAAACCAAUAAAGGGAAAAAAAAGGGUCUUCUCCUUCGCCAUAGAUGACAACAGAAUUUCUAAGUGCCAAGCGUGCUCGAUGCUUUACCCACUGUCAAUCUGAUGCUUUUAUAAACCUUUAAUUACUUUAAAUACGGAUUUCCCCCAUUCAUAAACACAGGACAAAUUAGGACGUUAUUUUAGUACUGAUAUAUAUUAGUACAUCUUCCUAAUGGAUUCAUACAUAAACAUGUAUUACACAUUGUUGGUUAUUAUUAAUAAUGUAUGAUAUAGCAUCAUUUUAUAAUUAAAAAUUUAUUUAUUCAAUCUCUUAAAACACACUUAUAUGCUCAGUCUAGGUAGAAAAGAAAAUUAAAUGAAUUAGAAACCAUGCUAGCGGUAAUUACAGCAAACGUCUCUAAAAAUCUCCAGCGAAUUUUGUAGAGGAAGCAUUUUAACAGGGUAGUGCAAUUCGACAGUGUAUUAAUGCGCGUGCCUAUGGUUAUGUAAUAACAGGUUAUGCCUAUUGUUCAUUAGUUAUAAGAAAGGGCUCCUUAAGUGUAAUUAGCCUAAAUGAGAAUUGACUGCACACUUCCAGAGGAGAAUUACCCCAUGGAUAGCCAGUAACUCCUUUGCCUGAUUUUCAUUUAUAAGAUUUUUGCAAGCAGCAGAAUAUUGCUACCUAUUCUAGUGGAAACAGGCAUCUCCACCUAUGCACAAAAGAUUACAAAAUGACAGUAUCUAUCCUGGUUGUGCUUUCAGACUCCCUCUAUCUCUUUUCUGAUGGCAGGUCUGAUUAAUAAAAAGGAAAUGCAUAUUGUACAUUACAUAUAUGACAACAAAAGCAUGUAAAUUCAGCUGCCUGAGGGUGCAGAAAGCACAUAUUAAGCACAGAGUUGCUUGCUUGCAUUAGAUAUUUAUAGACUAACACCAAAGAGAGUGUUUGCCUUGUAUAAGCACUAAAACUUCUUCCCAAAACCGCACUGAUUUCAGUGCAGAAGUGCCUGGGGAAUGCCAAACAAGAAUCCUGAACGAGAUGCUGGGAUACUCAGCACUGCUGAAAUAAUUCGAGUCCCUUGUUUGAUAAUCCAAAUUUCAAAUCUGUAGUCCUGACACACAAAUAUUUAAUGGAAACAAAAAUUUUUGUUAAUUUCUUUUUUCCCCCUAUUUCUAGAAAAUUCAUGUUUUCAUAAAUCGUAAAAUAAGAAGUAAGAAGAACUGCUAAAGGUCUUUGUACAGUUAUCUUAUAAAGCUCAGUGACCUAAGGUCAGCAAACCUUAGAAAUGCAGCAAGGAGCCCAACGCACCUCAUUUCUGUGCUGAUUCCAGGACAUGGCUGGGGACUAAAAUUGGUUUGCUUAUUUUAAUUGCAACAUCACAAUAUGCAACCUAACAAAAUAAAGUCAUUAGACCUUAAUUGUCACACCUACUCUUGCCCGCUGGUGGGGUCUGGACCCAACCCCAAGGAGCGCUAAUCACCACCUUCUGAGAGAUACUGCCUUUGCACGCCGUGGGCUGAGCAAUGUUGAGUUGUAAUGCUCUGGUUUGCACUCUCCCCUGGAUGUUUGAUCUUAAUACUCCCAAUACUGAGCCUCACAACUAAGCUGUUAAUGCAAUAUAUCAGGCCACAGACACUUGGAUCAUUCUACUUUCUACCAUAGCUUGUCCUCAACCAGGUGGCAACCGAGUCUGUACGAUUAAAGAUGCUGAUCCAAAGCAUUUAAGAGUCAGAAAUGGGGAAACUCACCCCAUGUAUCAUUUCUUAGAGAAAUAUCGAUAGAGAUGCCUGUUGUCAGUCCCUGCUCUUGACGCCACCAUCCAAAAGAGGAGAUUUCACUUGUGAUGGCUGGGAGGAGUCCAAGAGAGGAAACCAGAGGGUGGCAUGCCCCAAAUGUUGCCAGUGGAGGAUCCAGAGAUUAGAAACUUGUCUUGCAAGCCAGAAUGUCUUCUUCCAGCUCUCAGCCUGCAAGCAGUACACAUUGACCAUACUGGGAUCACCCCUGGCAAGUGAUGUCUCCCUGCAACAGCUGUGGAGCUGAAAUAAGGACUACUGGCACAAUUUGUCCCUUUUUUUCAGCUCUUUUCCUAGGAAGAAUUAUAAUUAAAAAGAGCUUUUUUUUUUUUCAUGUUGCAAUCCAUAGGUUGGCAAACUGAGGUCAUGUUUACAAUAUGGUCUGGGCAAGGUCAAAGACAGCUUUACAAUGGUCACAGCCAUGGCCAGACAGGAUGUCCCAACAAUAUGAAUUGAAUCACACUGUAGGAUAUACUGAGAGCUGCUGUCGAAGUGAAUGGUAGUGUUUUAAAUAACAUAGAAAUAUCUCCUCGCCUAAAGUGUACAAUGGCAUAUUUCUUGACUUCCUGUUUUAGAAAGUAGAUUUUUAGAGGCCUUCUGUAUGAGCGAUGAGACCUUGGAAAACAUGUUAUUUCAUACAACGCCACAGGACCAGCAGCUUAUGACUUUGUUUUCUGCCAUAAAAUUGUUAACUGCAUCACGGUAUUUUCAUGACACAAAGUAACUAUUUAAUACACUAACACCAGAGAAAGUCAGCCAGGAUUUUCCAUUAACUAUUCCAGAAACUGGGUUUUCUCUUUGGAGAGCCAUCCCAUUUUCACAUUAAACUGUCUUCUGAGGCCAGAGAAAUACCCAUUUAUCAGAUCUGAACAUGGAUAGACAUUCCAGUGAAACAGAAAUAUUUGGAACAAUUCAAGGCUGUCUCUGUAUUUCUUAUUUACUGGGAAGGAAGGUCUGAGCACUUGAGUAGGAGGCAUUUGGGUGGAUGGCUGUUCUGAACAUGUUGGACUCAGCUGUGCUCCCAGAGAGAUGUCAGCUCCGCAGCAUGUGAAACCAGCUCCUGAGAACAACAAAUAGAAGUUACCAUUUUGCAAUUGGGAACAUCGCUCCGACACGACGCCUCUCCUCGGCACCAUAAAUGUGCUGACAGAUUGGCUGGGGGAAGAGAGAGACAGAGAUAACGAAGAGCUAUAUUGCUACUUUCUACAGGAAGGGACCUUGGGGGGCUCUCUUAGUAUCUCCCGUUGCAAAUGACCCAGUGGUCUCACCCUUAAGAGAAAAUGCCUUUUCACCUCCUCUCACUGUGUUCUCAGGACACAAUACAGAUUAGGAUGUAAACUCUUUACAGCAGAAGUUGUUAUUUGCUAAAUAUUGUACUUCAUCCUGCACACAGAGGACUGAACAUGAAAGACCUCAGAGUGCUUCCAAAAGGUUAAACACCUAUUAUCUCAAAGGAAAUUAAAUUCUCUGGCUAAACAUGAGCCCUUCGGUGUUCUUUUAGUGCCUUACUCUCCACGCACAUGCAGAAUCACUUUAGUUAUGAAGCAAACAAAAACCAUGUACACCCUCAAAUACAGAGAUGGAGUAUAUUAUACUGUCUCCUUUGACUUUCCUCUGCUUCCUAGAGUGUUUUGAUUGUUCAUAGUCUCUUAAGCAAUCACAACCAGAAUGACCAACAUCUUCCAAAUGUCAAGACAACGCACAAUUACGCCUUAAUUCCAGUGCUGCUUAGGGAUCCAGGCUGAAGUGCUACAGCUGAGCUCUAGAAGGCUUUGUUUCUCAGGAAGAAAGCAAAGUACGGGAACAAUUAAGAUAUUCACAAUUGUAUUGCUCCUAUUGCUAUGCUUAUACUGUAUCAAAAAAAAUGU